AUGUACAAGGUUCGAGCAUGGGCUCAUGACACUGCACACAAACACAACUUCAAUCCAUGGAGUGCAGAUACGACAGAAUCCAGUCCGGAUCCGACCUCCUCUCUCCCAAACGAACCCCAAGAUGGCGAGCCCGAGAAGAACACCACCAAAAAACCUAUUGCACGACAAUUAUUCGACUGCCUCAAAAUCAUCCUGUUGCGAUCAUGGUUGAAUGUCCUUCUCGUCUUUGUACCAGCUGGAAUAGUUGUUCGCGCUGCUGGAGUUGAUCCCAACGUGGUAUUUGCGCUCAAUGCUGUUGCUGUCGUACCAUUAGCAGGUCUCCUCACGUUCGCUACAGAAUGUCUCGCCAGUCGCUUCAGUCCUACCGUCGCGGCCCUACUAAAUGUCAGUUUUGGAAAUUCUGUCGAACUGAUAAUCUUCAUCAUUGCUCUUGUGCAGAACCAGAUUCGAAUUGUGCAGGCCUCCUUGAUCGGGUCGAUCCUGGCCAAUUUGUUGCUAAUCCUUGGUAUGAGUAUGACACUCGGCGGCUUGAAAUUCCAGGAGCAAAUCUACGAUAGUGUGGUAACUCAGAUGUCUUCUUCGCUAUUGGCACUCUCUUCGUUGAGUCUACUCAUACCAAUCUUACUCUUGGUCUACGUGUUGUAUCUGCUCUUUCAGUUGAGGUCACACGCAUAUCUCUACGCAGGAACGCCGCAGUAUUUAAUCGAUGAACAAACCCAGCCCGGUAUUUUGCAAAGAAUGAAUUCUACCAGUUCCGAGAGCAGUCUCAGUGCUCCUACCACAAGAAGCACCUCAGUGUCUACAGUAUCAACAGGGGGAGGCUCGAUAAAAAAGCGACGAAGAGUAAGAAGGAAGAUUCAAGCUAAGCUCGGUCGAAAGCGAGUUUCGAAGACUGAAGAAGACAUCAUUCAAGAAGAGCAGGAAAUACCUCCUGAGGACCCUGUGCUACCACCAUCAAGUCCGGAACCAUCAGCUAUCGAGAGAGCUCAGCUCACAGCAAUCGACACGUCAGGUGCAAUGGCAGAUCUAGCAGCUAACGUUGCCCUCAACACGGCGACAGCUACAGCACCAACAGCAAGGCGACCUUUCCCCACCAGAGGCAUCUCUAUUCGUGCACCGCCCGUAUUCCGAGCUGAUAGCAGUGUGCUUCAGACCAUCAACAGACAUUACACUCCUCCCAGACAGCUGAAUCGCUUCCACUCAGCACCUAAUCCACCCACCAGAGAUUCUCCAGCCCGUGCAGAUACCGAACCACCUGAGGAAGCGAAGUCCAUGACCUCCUCGAAACCGAAGAAAGACGAUCCACCACUCGGCAUCUGGGCUGCCAUCUUCCUCCUCCUAGGUUCCACAGCCCUUGUCGCCAUCUGCGCCGAGUUCCUCGUCGGCUCAAUCGAACAUCUCGUCGAAAACUCGCCCCUUUCCGAAGCCUUCGUCGGCCUCAUCAUCCUUCCCAUUGUCGGCAAUGCAGCAGAACACGUCACAGCUGUUGUCGUCGCUUCCAAGAACAAGUUGGAUUUGGCUCUCGGUAUAUCGCUCGGCUCGUCAAUUCAGAUCGCACUGUUUGUUACGCCGUUGGUGGUGAUUAUUGGUUGGGGUCUCGACAGUGAGAUGUCGCUUUAUUUCACACUUUUCGAGACGGUGUGUUUGUUUGUGAGUGUAUUCGUGGUUUGCUUCUUGUGUCUGGAUGGCAAGAGUAAUUAUCUUGAGGGGGCACUGCUGUGUGCGGCGUACAUUAUUAUCGCUGUUGGGGCGUAUUUCUUUCCGGAUAGUGAGGGUCAGAAUGCGCUGACUGGUGGUACGAGCGGUAGUAGCUGA